UCCAAAAGACGUACAAGAAUUAAGAUGCACAAGUUGAUACUACUGGUGCUGGCUUUUAUAGCGGCAGAGGCAGUAGGCCAGCGCUUCAUUCUUCCAACCUAUCGACCUCCACGGACCAGAUCACCACCUAUUAUAAGAAUGAGACGCGAAGACAGCGAACCUCAAUGGUUGUACAAAGGAGACGCACCACGUGCGCCAUCUAGCGGCGACCAUCCGCUGAUCCCGAACUUAAUUGAUGAUGUAAGAUUGGAUCCCGACAGAAGGUACGCUCGUAGCCUGGACUCGCCGAGUGCUAAGCGAGGAGGCGGAGCCCGUGGAGGACAUUCAUCGGGCAACAGAGACACAGGAGCGACGCAUCCCGGAUACAACCGCCGCAAUGCGAGAAGUCUUCAAAUACCACAACCCAUACCGUUGAACCCGUUCCGAAGACCGCCAAUAUACGAGCCGAGACGCCCGCCAGUGACACCAAUGAGACCUAUUCCUAUUUAUGUAUAAAUUAGAUGUAAAUCUUUCAUCAUCAUAUUAUAAUAAAAUUAGUAGUGAGUCC